AUGCUCCGUAAACGGUACGCAUUUGAUGUGGCUACGCUUGAUGACUUUAUUUAUGCAGUGGGUGGAAGCGAUGGUACACAAUGUCUGAACAUUGUCGAACGACUUGAUCCACGAGUUGGUAAAUGGGAAUUGCUUCGUCCAAUGUCAACCCAUCGAAGCCAUUUGGGGUCUGCAGCCCUCGACGGCUACUUGUAUGCGGUGGGAGGACGAACUGGUUGGAACUACUCAAUGAGUACAGUUGAGCAAUAUAAUCCCCUCACCAAUGAAUGGUCAACAGUGGAUGAAAUGAUGGUCAAGCGGUCGGGCGUAAAAGCUGUCGCUCUAAACGAAAGCUUGUAUGCUGUUGGUGGGUUUGAUGGCAUUUCGUACCUAGGCACCGUUGAAGUUCUUGAUCCUGGGACCGAUCAAUGGAGAAUUCACAGUCACAUGAAUACUGAACGGUGUAGAGCCGGUGUGGCUGUUAUCCGAAUGGAGUAA